AUGGAAGAUGCAGCUUUUGUUCUCUUAGAAUAUCUUAAUAGUUUAGAUAAUCUUCCUUCCGAAAUAGCGCAUAUUUAUGAGGAGUUAAAAUCCAAAGAGCUUAAAUUUCAGAAAAUUCACAAACGCAUCUGUACCAGAGAUAAUUCUAUUCAUAAACAUAUACGUUCAUAUGGUUCUUUAGUUGUUAAUCCAAAAGAAACUCAAUAUAUUCCGAAGAUUCAAGCAGAUUUUAUCUAUGCUAUUAAAAUUCAAGAAGAAAAACUCUUUCUUUCUAAAAAAAGUUUAGAUCUUUUACAGAGACAUCUACGACGAUUAGACAAUGAAAUAAAACGUUUACAUUUGGAUGGUCAAAUAGCUCCAGAAACGACCAAAAAUACUUAUUCUCCAUUUUCUACAUUAACCUCAGAAUCUAGAACAUUAGUUAUUCCAAGAAAAAGACGUGCGUUAUCAAUUCGUAUGUCUGAUUCUGAUCCUGAUUCUAUUAGCAAUGAUAACGAUGAUUCUCAAGUAUAUUGCUUUUGUCAGCAAAUAAGUUAUGGAGAAAUGAUUGCAUGUGAUGAUAGUGAAUGCGUUUUUGAGUGGUUUCAUUAUGGCUGUGUUGGUUUAAAAGCGCCGCCUAACGGAAAAUGGUUUUGUAGUGAUACCUGUAAAACACGCAGUCUUAAAAAGAAAGAUAAAUAUUCUGCAUAUAACUGA